AUAACACUAGACAAUGCGUCGAAUAAUGACACCAUGAUGCGUGAGCUCGAGCGGCUGCUCUGCCGAGAUGGCAUCCCAUUCCACCACGAGGGAAAUCGCAUACGCCCAAGCCGGGCCCGCACAUCACCAGAUCCGGUUGCACGUUGCCGCACACUCGUUCGCUCUUGCAGAAUCUCCUGGGCACGCCGCAGAGAUCUACGGCAGACAAUUAUUCUGACGAUGGAAUCUAAGCAGCUGGAAUUAGAGGGUCAGAACGAGCCGGAAUCUUCGCAGGAGCCGGCUAAACCGAAGGAACUGCUUCGGGACGUUGACACACGCUGGUCCGCUCUAUUCAUGAUGAUAGAUCGUCUUCUUGAGCUGUACGAGGCAAUUGACGCACUCCUAAAUGCUCAGAAGCAGAAGGAUAUUCGCAAACACGCGCUGGACGAGAUGGAGUUGCGCGUCUUAGCUGAUAUCCGUGAGUUUCUGUAUGUAUUUCACUGCGUACAGGAGCUCCUUUCGUCCAACAAGACUCCAACCCUUCCGCUGUCGAUCCCCAUGUACAAGAGUCUCAUGGAGCUGCUGCGCAUGUUGCGCGGUCGCCUUCCUAUGCUCGAAAAUGCUAUCAACGCCUCUUUGGGACGCCUCCGGAAGUACCUUAGUCGGGCGCGCAGGAGCAAAGCAUACGCUCUCGCCAUGAUUCUUCAUCUGGAAUACAAAUUCACGUGGAUAGAUAAGUACUGGACAGCCGAAGAAGCAGCAGAUGCUCGCCGCUGGCUCCAAGAAGCAGUAAGUUGA